AGGGGGGAGGAAGAGCGGGCGGGGGCGCAGAGGGUAGAGAACGACAGCAGUGGACAUGGUGCUCACCAUUGAAUGGAGGGCAGCGCAGGGGACGCCAGAGAUUGGAUACAGGGCCGAGGCGCAGAGGAGAGUUACUGAAGAUGAUACCAGGAAUGAGUGGUUUGACCUGAGAGCAGAGAGAGGAGAAAUGGGACUCAUUUUCAUUGGGAGAUUGGUUGAGGGGAAACCUCUCUUUAAGGGGUCUUUAAUCGUGUGGGGACUCGAUGGCGUCAAUACCGCAGUAUAAAAUUUUCAUUUACAUAGCGCCCUUCACGUCAGGAGGAGAAUCACGUUGAUGAGGAGAAGUUAUGUUCAAUGUUCAGUUUUCAAAUGGGAAGCUCCCGAAUUCUCAAACUGUGAAGUUUCAGCUCCACAAAAGUAUACACAAGGCGAACCCCAGGAAGAAACAUCACCUUGUCUUGUCUGCUGAAACAGACAGACUGACGUAUGUUGGAAGCAAUUUUGGCCCGGGUGCUCCAAAAUGCAACUCAUUGUGCAAGUAUUUUGUUGGGGUGCUGAAUAAAACCACAGGGGUAAUGAACGUUCAUGAUGCUCAACUGUUCAACCUGCAGCCUACGAUUCCUGGUGAAUCGUUUGCAGAAGUCGAUUCUGGUGAAAAACUCACCUCUUACAGAGACAAGGUGAACUCCCUCAUUGAGGCCUUUGGUACCAACAAACAGAAGCGUGCCUUGAGCUCGCGAAGAUUAAAUGAGGUUGGAAAUGAGACUUUGCAGAAAGCUGUGGCCAAAGCAGCAGAAAAUGUGAUUGAGAGAAAGGGGAUAGAAGCUUUAUCCAGCGAAGCAGCACAGUUUGACGCUCAAGAUAUGUCAGCCUUUCUUCCACCGUGCCACGUUGAUGCAAAGAAACCCGAAGAUGUUUACCCGUUUGAGGAUCUCUUCUCCAAUGCUGAAUAUCAAGCAAUGGAACCUUUCUCUGAAAAGUUUAAGACAAGCACCUCAGAAGAUAUUAGGAAACUAGAAAAAAGUGACAAUUAUUCAUCCUUUGUACUGGAGGCACUGCAGUUCUUACCUCGGGAUAAGGAAAAACGUGAUCACAUGACUCGCUGUCUGUGUUACUUACAAAUUCUGAUCAGAUUGCACAACUUAAAGAAAAAAGAAAUUAAACACAAAGGUUCUCUUGGUAGUGAUGUUGCGGAUGUUGUAAACAACAAGUUAAUGAAAAAUUUCACAGUCCUGACCUACAACAAUGGAUGUGUAAAAAACAUAAUGCCAGACACAAUGAAGUCUAAGAUAGCAGCGUACAUUAUCGCCUUGGCUUUACAUAUCAAUAGCUUUCAAACUGACCUGACACAUCUACAGAGAAAUUUGAAGAUCAGUGAAAACAAAAUGUUGGAAAUUGCCAGAGCGAUGGGUUUGAAGAUUGGAAAGAAAAACGUGGAUGUUCCAGGAGUUGGUGCAGAAAGCCAUAAAAUAGGGACCCUAUUAUUGCCUUUAGUUGUGCCAAUUCUAACCCAUGGUUUGGGUAAAAAAAGAAAAAUUAGAUAAGAAAAGCGCAAGCAAUGCUGUGAAUCCAAACUGACGAAGCAGCCUCCGUGAGGAAUCUUGUGCUAGUAUUUCACACCAAAGAAUUGAUUUCUGAGCCAACUAUAAACAACAGCAAAUUACAUCUGUGCAGCGUCUUUCACAUCAGGAGGACGUCCCAAGGCGCUGGUCAGUCAGGGAUCCAAGCUCGAGCUGGUGGUAAACAGGCUAACGUUAUAGCUAACGAUGGCUUAGAAUUAUGUGUUGAAAGGUGGUAUUUGCUUGUUUUAAUAACAUUUUCAUAGUACUCUUUGAGUCAUCAGUCGUGGCACUCAGUCUGAAUGUGUGGGGGAGAUUAUCAGGAAAUGAAGUGCGUGGAUCCGGAUUUCUAUGGCACAAUAAAAAUGUUCAAUUUUCAAAUCUG